GGCUGUGCUGGAGGAGUUGGGCCCCUCCAUGGGGCAGCCCCUGGCCCGGGGUCACCACGGGGUUGCGGUGGCUUUAAUGGGCGCCUGCCUGCAAUAUAAAGAGCUCCAGCAGGGGGCGCUGCGCUGCCUCUUCCAGGCGUUCCGUUGCUGGGAGCCCCCCCAGCGGCGCCGCUGCUGCGUGGGGGCUUUGUUGGCCCUGCAGCCCCUGGAAGGGGAGGAGCCACAGCCCGCCCUCGGUGCCGUCGCUCCUUCCGGUUCCCGUCUCCUUCAGCUCCUCCUUCACUUCCGGGAUCCCUCUGCAGUUUUGGGGGGGCUUCGGGCGCUUUCUGACACCCACCUGCACUCAUUGGCCCUCAGCCCCCCCGGCAGCCAUGUUUGGGACUCCAUUAUGAGCAGCCCCUCCGUGCCCCCCCGUGCCCGGCGUCGCCUCGUCCGUAGGCUGAAGGGCCACUUCCUGUCGCUGGCCUGUCACCGCAAUGGCAGCCGCGUCCUGGACGCCAUCUUGGCUUCCUGCUCCAACCCCACACGAGCCGCCGUCGCCUCCGAGCUGGCCCCACAGCGCCGGGCGCUGCUCAGGGAUCCCCACGGGCGCCAUGUUGAGCAUCGCCUCCACCUGGAGCUGUUCCUGCGCAGCCGCAGCCAAUGGGAGCAGCUGUGGGCGGCGCCCAGGGGGAUGCUGGGAAAGCUGCUGGAGGACUGAGGGCCGCAGAGAGGAGCGGUGAGGGGAUAGAGCGUCUGGAGCAACGCUGGGAUUGAUUGGAGCUCUGUGCUUCUUUGUUGCUGCGGUUUCCUGUUGGAGAAAUGUCGCUGUGAUCAUAGAGAUUGUGGGGUUCCUGGAGGACUGACCUGACCGUAGAGCUGCUGGAGGGGUUGUAGUGUCUAUGGCAGGGAGGACUUGUGACCAUAGAGUCGGUGGAGGACUUGGUACCAUAGAGAUGGAGGACUCGCAACCAUAGAGACGUGGCCAACCUUUGGCCAUAGAGACGGUGGAGGACUUGAUACCAUAGAGAUGGAGGACUCGCAACCAUAGAGACAUGGCCAACCUUUGGCCAUAGAGACGGUGGAGGUCUGGCAGUCUUUACAAUCAGCUGGAGCUGACUUAUGACCAUAGAGAUGUAGGAGGACUGAGCAGGAUUGAGCUCUGGAGCGUCGCCUCUGCGCGUGCCGCGCUGUUCCUUACCAACCAUAGAGCUGCUGAAGGAUUGAUGGCUUUCUUUUUAUAAUUGCGCGUUUCCUUUAAUAAAAUAAAACAUUUUUUGGGUUUUAUUUCGUAA